AUUUUCAAUUUUCUGGCUUUCUUUCUUUUCUGUCUUCGAUUUCUCUUAUCUUAAUUUUAUUUAUUUAUUUAUUUUUUUGCAAAAUUAAUUCUACAAGUUUCAUAGCACAUUAUUCUUUUUUUUUUUUUUGUGUGAAAAAAUUAUUAUUUAGUUUUUGCGUACAUCGAGAUUUUCUUCUCUAAUGUAUGUUUGGGUAUAAAGAAAAUGGAAUUGGUUUGUAGUAUAUUGGAAUUGAUAGGAAUUGUAAUUGGAUUUCCAAUGGGCCUUUUGCUGGGUUAUUUCCUCUUUAUAUACUUUGAACCCGGAGAUGUAAAGGAACCAAUGGUUAGACCUCUUCAUGAAUUUGAUACAAGCUCCAUUGCUGAUCUUUUGCCGGAUAUUCCACUUUGGAUGAAGCAACCUGAUUACGAUCGACUCGACUGGUUGAACAAGUCAAUUUAUCACAUGUGGCCUUACCUUGAUAAGGCAAUAUGCAAUGCUAUAAGAAGUUCAUUAGAGCCCAUAUUUGGAGAGUACGUAGGCAAGUAUUUGUUGAAAUCAAUAGAAUUUGAGAUUCUAAGUCUUGGAACUCUUCCUCCAACGAUUCAAGGUAUGAAAGUGCACGAAACCAAUGAAAACGAAGUAGCGUUUGAACCUAUGCUUAGGUGGGCAGGAAAUCCCAACAUAAUUCUGGUGGUGAAACUAUUGGCCCUACGAAUUAAAAUACAGUUGAUAGACAUACAAAUAUUUGCAGCACCCCGGAUAAUUUUGAAGCCUCUUGUGCCAACAAUACCUUGUUUUGCAAGCAUUGUAGUUUCUUUGAUGGAAAAGCCUUAUGUGGACUUUGGCCUUAAAGUAGUGGGAGGGGAUAUUAUGGCAAUCCCUGGUUUGUAUCAAUUUGUUCAGGAAACUAUAAAGAAACAGAUUGCUAGUCUUUAUCUUUGGCCUCAAACUUAUGAAUUGCAAAUUCUUGAUGGUUCAACAGGGACUACCAAGAAGCCUAUAGGGCUAUUACAUGUGAAGGUUGUGAGAGGGCUCAAACUCCUGAAGAUGGACUUGUUGGGAUCAUCUGAUCCUUAUGUUAAAUUGAGCCUGAGCGGAGAGAGACUCCCAGCAAAGAGAACUUCUAUUAAAAUGAAGAAUCUCAACCCUGUGUGGAACGAGGAAUUCAAUCUUACUGUAAAGGAUCCUCAAUCUCAAGUUCUUGAGUUACGUGUCUAUGACUGGGAAAAGGUUGGGACACAUGACAAGUUGGGCAUGCAAAUAGUUCCACUGAGGGAGAUUAUCCCACGUGAAACUAAACAAUUUACACUUAAUUUGGUAAAAAAUACAAAUCCAAAUGAUCCUCAGAACAAGAAAUAUAGAGGGCAACUUGAGGUGGAGUUAACAUUAAAACCUUUCAAAGAAAACAGUAAUAGACUUAGUGGAAAUUUGGAUGGAACUUUUACAGAUCAGGAAAAUAAUAAUGUUGGAAAAUCAUCCAAAGACAAGGCCUUGCAUGGAGCUGGUUUAUUGAUGGUUACUGUUCAAGGUGCUGAGGAUGUUGAGGGCAAGCAUCAUAAUAACCCUUAUGCUUUGGUGUGUUUUGGUGGAGAAAGGAAGAAAACCAAGACAUUAAAGAAAACCAGGGACCCAAACUGGAAUACGGAGUUUCAGUUUGUGCUAGAAGAGGCUCCUUUGAAGGAAAAGAUCCAUAUUGAAGUAAUAACCAAACGAAGAGGCUUUGGUUUCUGGCCAAAGGAAUUGUUGGGGUACGUAGACAUCAGUCUAGUCGAUGUGGUAUAUAAUGGACGCAUCAAAGAAAAAUACAAUUUGAUAAAUUCAAGAAAUGGGGCAAUCCAUGUGGAGAUUCGCUGGGAGGCGAUUUGAGAAGCAUAUCAGUGUCAAGUCCUAAACUCAUUAUUUUGUAGACAUUAAAAUUCGUAAUUGUAUUAUUAUGUGAUAAAUGGGAAAGAUGUUCAUUUAUUGCACUAGUUUUAAAUGUAAAAUUAUUAGUUAAGAUGAUAGUUUUACCGCUUAAAAUGAUUUU